UUGUUCUUUUUUUUGACAGGUGGAUUUACACAUUUUUUCCAUGAGAUGUCACUGAUUGUUUCCGAUUUUGUUCCCCGCAGGGUUUACUUCCGGUCACCAGUGUAACGAACUUCUAAAGAGGCAAUCAUGGCUGAACAAACAUGGGAGGAAAAAUACAAUCUCAUCACGAGGAAUUUGGCCGAAUGGUUGGGCGACGAUAAAAUGAAGACGAUUUUGAAGGAACGUGAUUUGAAGGUUUAUUGGGGAACGGCGACAACUGGAAAGCCGCACAUCGGCUAUUUUACUCCGAUGUCGAAAAUUGCCGACUUUCUGAGAGCCGGCGUUGAAGUGACAAUUUUAUUCGCCGAUCUUCAUGCCUAUCUCGACAAUAUGAAAGCGCCUUGGGAUUUAUUGCAACUCCGAACUCAAUAUUACGAGGCUGUCAUUAAAUCAAUGUUAAAAUCAAUUAACGUUCCCCUCGAUAAAUUGAAAUUUGUCAAGGGCACCGAUUAUCAAUUGUCAAAAGAAUAUACUUUGGAUGUUUAUCGAUUGAGUUCGAUUGUGACGGAGCAUGAUGCGAAGAAAGCCGGUGCUGAGGUCGUUAAACAAAUUGCAAAUCCUCUUCUGUCUGGUCUAUUGUAUCCCGGACUGCAAGCAUUGGACGAGGAAUAUUUAAAGUGCGAUGCACAAUUCGGCGGUGUUGAUCAGAGGAAAAUUUUCACCUUUUCCGAAAAGUAUUUGCCAUCAUUGGGUUAUGAGAAGAGAAUUCAUUUGAUGAAUCCAAUGAUUCCUGGAUUGGCCGGUGCAAAAAUGUCAUCGUCAGAGGACGAUUCGAAAAUUGAUCUCCUCGACAAUGCUGCAGCUAUAAAGAAGAAAUUGAAGAAAGCAUUUUGCGAGCCGGGAAAUAUUAUUGACAAUGGACUUUUGUCCUUCUCAAAAUACGUUUUAUUUUCAUUAUUUAAGGACGGAGAGUCGUUUCAUAUUCCAAGGACUGAAGAAUUUGGCGGCGACGUGAAUUUUGCAACGUACGAAGAACUUGAAGCGGCAUUCAAGAAGGAAGCAAUUCAUCCCGGUGAUUUGAAGAGCGCCGUGGAAAUUUACAUAAAUAAACUUUUGGAUCCAAUUAGAAAGGAUUUUGCAAGCGAUCCAAAAUUGAAGGCUUUGAGUAAUAAGGCCUAUGCAGCUCCACAAAAACCAAAACCAGUGGACGAAGUUGUUCCCUCGAGAUUGGACAUAAGAGUGGGAAAAAUUGUGGAGAUCGAGAGACAUCCAGACGCCGAUUCUCUGUACGUGGAGAAAAUUGACGUUGGCGAUGCAACUGGUCCAAGAACAAUUGUCAGUGGUCUUGUUAAUUUUGUGCCCAUUGAGGAAAUGAAGGACAGAAUGGUCGUUGUUCUUGCUAAUUUGAAACCCGCCAAUCUUCGCGGUAUUUCAUCUCACGGAAUGGUCCUCUGCGCUUCUGUCGAUGAACCAACACGAGCAGUGGAACCAUUGAGACCGCCAGCGAAUAGUGCACCAGGUGAAAGAAUUGUAAUCGAGGGCCACGAGAGUGGAAAUCCCGACGAGGUUCUCAAUCCAAAGAAGAAGGUUUGGGAAAAAUUACAAGCCGAUUUAGUCGUGAAUGGCAAUGGCGAGGCAAGCUGGAGUGGAAAUCCCCUGCUGACCACAACAUCUUCGGGAAAAAUCACUGCCGAUAGUUUAAAAAAUGUUCCAAUCAAGUAAAUCCCAAUAAAUUUAUACUCAAUCUUCUAA